GCCAUCUUGAAUUUAGUAUUUUGCUAGUGGUUGGGGAGCGGUGACUUACGAGCAGUCAUCGUCAUAAUUUUGUGAAUUGUUAGCGAAAAAGUGUAAUUUUUAAGUGCCAACAGAUCUAAAUAUACGGCUUCAAUCAUGAUGAUGGCAGGACAGACUAUAAAUGAUAGGCUACUGGCCGCGCGACACAGUAUCGCCGGCCAGGGUCUAGCCAAAUCAGUAUGCAAAGCCACCACCGAAGAAAUGAUUGCACCAAAAAAGAAACAUUUAGAUUAUCUAGUCCACUGUACAAACGAGCCGAACGUGUCGAUCCCGCAACUAGCCAACCUGCUGGUGGAGCGCACACAGAACACCAACUGGGUGGUGGUCUACAAGUCACUGAUCACCGUGCACCAUCUGUUGGCUUAUGGGAAUGAGAGGUUCACACAAUACUUAGCGUCCAGCAAUUCAACGUUUCAGCUAAGCAAUUUCCUAGACAAAAGUGGAGCGCAAGGCGCUGCCGGCGCUCGGAUUGGCUAUGACAUGUCCCCGUUCAUCCGGCGCUACGCCAAGUACCUGAACGAGAAGUCGCUGUCGUACCGCACCGUCGCCUUCGACUUCUGCAAAGUGAAACGGGGCAAAGAGGAAGGCUCCCUACGCAUGAUGAACGCUGAAAAGCUCCUCAAGACGCUUCCCGUGCUCCAAGCUCAGCUGGACAGCCUGCUCGAGUUCGACUGCACGGCCAACGAUCUCACCAACAGUGUGAUUAAUAUGUGCUUCAUGCUGCUGUUCAGAGAUCUCAUUAGGCUGUUCGCGUGCUACAACGACGGCAUCAUCAACCUGCUGGAGAAGUACUUCGACAUGAACAAGAAGAACUGCCGCGACGCGCUCGACCUGUACAAGAAGUUCCUCAUACGCAUGGACCGAGUGGGCGAGUUUUUGAAGGUGGCAGAAAACGUGGGCAUAGACAAAGGAGACAUCCCGGACCUGACGAAGGCACCUUCAUCUCUUCUGGACGCUUUGGAGGGACACCUCGCCACGCUCGAGGGCAAGCGCUCCGCGGCCGGCACGCCCACCACCACCGCCACGGCCCAGAAAUCCGUAGCCAGCGUCAUGGGGGCCUUAUCGUCAACAUCUUCAUCGUUCGGGCAGGCGUGCGCCACCAACAUGCCGGGUGGGACGCUACUCAUUGAUGAUACGUUGAAGCAACACGCGCUGAGAGAGGAGGAGGCUGUUAUUAACCAGUAUAAGGUCCACUUAUUGCAAGGAGACGGGUGGACAGGAGAAGAGGACAUAUCCGUUAUACUCAACAAAGUGCAAUCACCAACAAACGCAGCGGCCAACAAUCCAUUCCUCGCGCAGCCCACCCAGAAUCAGAACCAGUCUAUCGUGGACCUGUUCGGGCCGGCCCCGGCUGCGGAACAGACGAACAAUAGCAAGGCCAGCGAGGACCUGCUGUCGCUGGGCAACCCCUUCGCUGACAUGUUUGGAGGGGCCACCGCGCCGGCGCCGGCGUGGCCCGCGCAGUCGUCCAACGGGUUCGCGGCCUUCCCGCCCGCCGGCCAGCCCGGCUUCGACAUGUUCGCCAAUAAUGAUAAUGGAGCCGCAAACCCGUUCAUGGGUAUGGGAGACAUGCCCCAGCCGAUAUCCGCGUCGCCCGCCCGCCCUCCGCCGCCCAACGUACAGCCGAAGUCAGCCUUCGAUGACCUUGAGGACGUCAUGAGAAUGUCACUCGGCUCGCCAGCCAAACAGGCGACGCAGCCCGUCACCCAGCAGCCAAUGGCAGCGCCCUUCGACAUCAUGGCGCCCAAUCAGAGCUUCGGAUCGCCGGCCCGUCAAGCCAUGGCGCCAAUGCAGUCUAUGGGUCAACCACAGCAGCCACCUAGCAAGGUGUUGACGGGAGACCUCGACUCGUCUCUGGCGCAGCUCGCGAACAAUCUCACCAUCAACAAGGGCGCCGCGGCCAAACCCAUGCAAUGGAACUCUCCGAAGAACGGCAACAAAGGGGGCGCCACUUGGAGCCCGCAGCCGAUGCAAGCCACCACCGGGGUGGGGUACCGGCCUAUGGGCCCCGGCAUGCAAAUGCAGCCCACGCCGCAUACCCUGCACACAUACCACCCCCCCCACUAUGUCAUGCAACAGGGUGGGGUAAUGGUGAUGGGCAUGCAGCAAGGACCAGGGAUGGCGAUGGCAGCGCCGAUGCGGCCCGCGAUCCCGCCACAACCCACUCAAAACCAAUUCAGCUAAGCUCUUCGUAACACUGUAGAACUCUGGACAAAAUCACACCUAGUGGUCGUAUGCACUACCCCGCAAAUUCACUCUUACAUAUUUUACAUUCGUGUCUGGUUUAGGGGUUUCCAAAUUUAUGUUUACAUGUAUCGCGUUAUUUUUUUUAAAUAAUUGGUCUCAUGUUUAAGUUAACGUUUUAUUAUGGUAGUGCAUACUUUUAGCUGACUUGUAUACGAGGUAGGUUCGCAAUGGAACCGUGAGGUGUAUUUUAAUGUUUAUUGGCGGUUUGUAAUGUUUGCAGUUACCAAUGAGUUUGUAUCCGCAAUGAAGUGUAUUAGUCAAUGUGGCCAGGAUUUUAUUAGGAAAUUUCAUACUUUAUUUCUAAAUUUACUUAUGAAAAUAUUUGUUGCGAUGUAGGAAACUUCAUGCAGGUACCUUAAAUUUAAUAGGUGUUUUAAAUAAUUUAGUUUAAUCAUGUUCCAUAUUCGUUAUGUUUUGUAACGAUUUAUUUGUACAAUUUAUGCAACGCUAUCAAAUGAAACAAUAAUGUUUUUAUUUUUAAUAAUUCGUCUUAUGAAAUGGUGCGUAUAAAUCGUUGAAUAAAAUUUAAUAUUGUUUCAAAAUUAUUCAGACAUCACAUUCCAUAACUGUACAAAGCAAUCAAUUUUAAUUAUCGCUUUAGUAUUACAUGUGUUCGUCCUACCGUAUGGCAUAGUCAGCAUUUAGCAGGAUGGGAAUCAAUAACUAAGUUACAGUAAACUUAAUAGUGGUUUUGUAAUAAGUUACAAGAAUGGCAUCUAUUUAAUAGUAGUUUUCAUAUAAAAAAUAAAAAUACAACUAUGAAAAAUCUAUGUGUGUUCGAAAUAUCAAAUAAUACUGGCAAUUUAAAUAUGUAUGUUGCCUAUGAAAAUACAUCGGUAUUGCUAGUAUUUAAAACUGAUAGUGUAAAAAAUAUUCCACAUAUUUCUAUUAUGUAUAGCGAAAUUACUCUUGAAAAGUAAAACAUAUAUCUAUGUAUCUACAUAUUUAUCUUUAGACGUAACACAUACCUUACUGUAUGUAAAAAUGAGUGUAUGUAUGUCAUAGAGAAAUUUAAAAUACCUAAAUGUAUAAGCUAUUCUUUAGAUUGUUAAAAUUAGCUGUUACUGAUGUAUAUUUUGUUAUUAAAACGGCUGGUUUUCACGCGCCCUCUAUGGAAAAAUUAGAAAUUUCAAAAUGAAAGUCUUCUAUUUUGGACAAAAUAAUGGGUACCUAUGGUUUUAUUAAGUACUAACUUAAACAUUUAUGUGAUUACGAAUAAUUGCUUUCCGUGUGGGACAAAGAGGCCUAGAUGACAAAUCCUUGAUAGAAAUUCAUAAUGCUAGAAAGUAUAAUGGCUAGAUCUUGCAAGAAUUGGAUAGUGAUAUCGUAUAUUUUAAGCAUCCUUACAGUUUUAAUUGAUUCCAUCUCUCGUUGACCGAAGAUCCUACCAGCAUAUUCACAGCUUGUAAAAAUUGUUGUGUAUGAAAUAUUAUUUCUUUGUAUAUUUGUCUAGAUAACGUGGUUUAAUUAGAUCUAUGGUACUUAUAACUUAUUAUGCCUUUUAUGGUAGAAUGUGAAGUUUUGAAUGGUAUCUCAUAUUCACUGCUGUCAUUAAAUUGUUACUUAGAAGUGAGCAUAUAUCUGUAUAUUCCUGUAGUAAUCAUUGUACCUACAAAGUAGUUGUUGCGCAGAAUCAAGUACUAGUUCUUAUUACCUGUUGAAAACUUGCAAAAAUACUGAUAAACAGCGUGUACAUAAUAUUGUAAGAACAUAUAAGUUGAUGUGACCAAGCAUUACAAUAAAAUGCUUUUUAAUUAGUCAAGUUGAUUGAAAUUACAAAUUAAUGGUAUGUAAUAUCAUUUGCAGUUAUUUUUUAUGAGAUCUGUAAAUCUCGGCUGAGAUUUUGACGAAAAUCAAUAGUAUUUUUUCGUGCAAUACGUUUUUUUAAAAUUUGCGUGACUAAGCGCAUAUUACAUUCUGUUCUUUAAUAAUCAAGUAUUAUUUUGGUUACUUUAAUUAUAGCAAGAUUAGCAAGCUAAAUAUAUUUGUACAUUGAAGUCUUGUGCUUAGACUUGCCAGGUUUAUGUUAUGCUCAGUAGAUGUUGGUAGAAGGCUGGCGUCGUGGCUGGCAACACCACUGUCAGUGUUGCUAUUUGCAGUGUUUGUGUCGACUGAGUUAUUUGAAAGCAAUUAGUGGGUUUUGCAAUUAGUGUUUUACAUUAAGGUUUAACUCCGUAUCAAUUUUAAGACCUGUUUUAAAUUCCCUGUAGGAUUUUUAUUAUUUUUUACGUUGCAAUCCUAUUUUGAUUGCCCCUAGUUUUAGAGUAAUGCAAUUAUUAAAUCUUCUGUAUUUUUUUUACUCCUAGUGGCCUUGUAUUUUUUGAAGUUGUAAAUUUUGAUUCUAUUAUAAAUAACUCAAUCAUAUGGCUUCUUUUGUUUCUUGUAAAUAUUCCAACUAUGUUAUUUUCGAGCCUUCGCCUUUAGAUAUUCAUUUUAGUUUAUUUAUAAAAAAUAAAUCAAUUUAAAUAUAUUUUUUCGUUUUUGAUUUGUUUCCAUUUUUUGCGUUCACCUGUGGGUCCACUCUGAGCCUUUGGCUAAAUAAGUUCAAAUAGACUUGUCUAAUAUGUAUAAUUUCAAUAAUUUACUCAUAAUUAAUUUUAGUUUUGAAAUCUAUCAGUAGUUCCAAUGACAAUACUUUAAAAGAACAAAAUAUGAAAUAAUAAUAUCUAUUCGUAUGUAAAUGUUUCUCUAUUGUAUGUAUCGAGAUUUUCUUUUGUUUUGAGCAGUUUUUAAUACUUAUCUAAGUACCUUGUACAAGACAGAAAAUAAUGGUGUUUAUAUCUACAUCAGUUUCAUCACACUGCACUUCAGAAAUCUAUUCGCAAAAUAAAUACAUAUAUGUAGAACAAGCUAAAUCAUCUAUAAAUAGGUAUACAUAGCAUUAUAUUAUAUUCAAUACGAUCUCAGUAUUAUAUGACAGACCUCCCUAAUGAUAUAUUUUAUAAAGCGUGUUACUAACAUUCGCCGAUUUUGAGUAGGGGCUUCAAUAUGUUGAAAUAAUUAUUGUAAUUAAUAAGUAUAUCAUAGGAGUGUUUAGCGGAGUCAAAAUAUAUUGAAGAAUAAUAUAUAUAUUUUUGUUGUCGUGGCCAGAUAUGAGAUAUGUAGCUACCCUCAAUAGUUGGUAGCGUUUGUGAGAGAUGUAAGUGUUCUGCUUUCCAACCUGUGUAUCUUGUUAAAACGCUAGCUGUUACGAUUGAACGAUAUCUAUAAACACAAUAAAGAGGAUAAACUUGC